GGAGCCGCUGCUCCAAGGGCUGCUGGCUGACGGCGGAGGCUCGGCCAUGGGCGAUUACCAGAUCUCGGUGGAGGAGCUCAACGACCUCCUGUCUAAUGAGAGCGGCUGCUACAGCCUGCCCAGCGCGCACAGCAACGAGGUGGUGCCGCGCAUCCACGUGGGGAACGCGUUCAUAGCCAAGAACAUAAUGAGGCUGCAGCGCCUGGGGAUAACCCAUGUUCUGAAUGCAGCAGAGGGGAAAUCAUUCAUGCAUGUGAACACUAAUGCAGAGUUCUAUGAAGGCACAGGCAUCAGAUACCAUGGCAUUAAAGCCAACGACACACAGGAAUUUAACCUCAGUCGCUAUUUUGAGGAGGCAGCUGAUUUUAUUGACAAAGCCCUUUCCCAGAAGGAUGGCCGGGUGUUCGUGCACUGCCGGGAGGGUUACAGCCGCUCGCCCACGCUGGUCAUCGCCUACCUCAUGCUGCGGCAGCGCAUGGACGUGCGGAGCGCGCUCAGCGCCGUGCGCCAGAAACGCGAGAUCGGCCCCAACGACGGCUUCCUACGGCAGCUGUGCCAGCUCAACGAGCGCCUGCUCAGAGAGGGAAAGCUCAAGACUUAGAAUGCGCCGCUCAAGGAUUUCUU